UCAAAACACGAAACGACUCCAUCCUCCCGAUGCCGACUGACCAUCCCCCUGACCCCUCCAGGAAGCGUUUUAAAAAAGAGAAUCUCAAGAUGCGCACAAUAGAGUGCAUCAGGUUCCGGAAAUUUCGUUGCAGGCCCCGGUGAUAACAGGGCAUUAACGCUCAAAAAGCUAAAAGCACGCAAGCCAUUAAACAACAGACCACAUGUCCGAUCUCCAGCAGCACUACACCCUCUUUUCUAUUUGCGUCCCGCUGACUUAUUGCACUCUCCCGUCAGCUCUCUUGUCCAAAUAAAUGCGCGCACCUCUGAUUGUGAAUAAGAAGAAAAACAAACACACACGCACGCACAAUGCGCAAUGAAUUAUUUUCGGUCCGCGAGCGUCGAGGAGAAACUUUGAUUGCCCUCUAGGUCAAAUUCAGGCUCCUUUCGAGAUAUCAUCGCUUAUUUAUUUUUAUACGCCGUCCGCGCGGUGCUCAUUUUUUACUCAAUAACUUCGCCGCCUUUUUAUCUGAUCACCCGAUUGGCUUUACUGCCGCCGCCGCGGUUGCUCUGCCCCUUUUGUUGCGCUCGCCAAGUGUAUUGAUUUCUGAUUUAUAUUUCGACAUGUUCUUCGUACCUUAAUUGAGAAUAUAGGCAAUUGCACUCAGAGAUUAAUUUAGAUUUCUCUCUAUAAUAUUGGAUUACACUCGUCACGUAUUUUCCAAUUAAAUGCUCAAUCAAACUUGAGGUUUUGAAAUUUACACUUCUAUCUCAUCAGCGACCGCAAAAUGCGCUUCCAGUUCUCCGCGAAUAUAACAUGCUCUGUUCGGUUGCAAAACGGAACGCUAUCUAAUUAUUCCUCGAGGAUACCGCCAUGCUUGUGGUACACUAUUGACACAAAGUCAGACUUUAAUUACAUACACGUGCUAUUCAUGCACCGCCACACCAAAAGAGCGUAAUUUGUUCUCGGAAGAAAAGUCGAGGCAAGAGCAAAACGUGGCUAAAUUGUAUCUCCGAUUCCUCUGAAUUUCCGACUUUGUUUUAAACAGUUCUAAUGAUCCUAAGAUUCUAGCAAAAAGAGUCAAAUGAUCAUGAUGCUAAUUAAAAUAUUCCCAGAACUCUUUUGUAUGUUGAUUUCGUUGCAAAGUCUUAAAUUUUCUCCAAAUACGCCACCUUCAAUGUACUCAGGGGCUGUUUCUCCAGCACAAAAGACGUUUCCACCCUUUUCUUCCCUAUUCAACGAAUCAGUAGAAGCUGUGGCAGCACGCGCACACAGCAAGCCUCGUUGUGUAUUGUUUGCCAGAGGCAUGAGGAGGAAAAGAUGCGAAAUGGGGGUUGGAAAAGCGGUGGCAGUAUUAGCCACAUCAAUUAAAGUGGCUGUUUGCUCGAAAAAGAAGCAGAGCGACGCCUCCAAGUCUGGAGAGCAGGGAAGGGGUAAGUGGGGCACUUGUGCGGCGGGGGCCUUUGGAUUCGAGCCUAGUUCAAAAUGCGAGCGACCCCUCGCAGGCAGUGAUGGCCGGCGAGACCUACACGCGGACCCAGAUGCUUCUCUGCGUGGGUCUGAUGGGCCUGCUCGUGGGCCUGGUUUUCCUCGUGGCCGGCGCCGCCACCCAGUGGAUCAUGCCGCACGAGCCCCCUAAGGCGAACCACCUCACCAACGGCGAUAUUAAGGAGAAUUCUCCAGACGACUUUUUGACCGGAGAUCCGUCAGACAGGGGCGACCUGGGCUCGGUGCCGCCCUUCCCACCGCCGCCACCUCGGAUGCACCUUUGGUGUAAUAAUACCUUUCUAAAUUGUUCAGACGGCUUAAAAGGAGAUAAAGGUGAAAAAGGAGAGCGGGGUCCGCCAGGAGAGGUGUUGCGUGGCCCUCCAGGUCCGCCUGGAGAGCCAGGCUAUGGAGGUAACGGAGGUGGCGAUUUUCUCUCUGGAGAAGGAAUUUCAAGAGGUCCGAUCGGACCACCUGGUCCGCCAGGCACGUGCACAUGUAACACGUCCAUGAUAUUUGGACCUGACGGCCAGAUACCUGAUCUGAUUCCUGGGCCACCUGGGAUGCCAGGUAGAGACGGAAAAACAGGGCAGCCUGGCUUAUCAGGUCUGCCGGGUCCUACUGGUGAACGUGGUGCUCCAGGCCAGAGGGGCGAAAAGGGGGAUCGAGGUGAUGGCGGUCCUCAGGGAUUGGAAGGCCAGCCAGGUCAAAAGGGUGAGCCUGGUCGGGAUGGCACUCCGGGCCUGCAAGGUCUGCCUGGCCCUCCCGGAUCCCCAGGCAAUUCGGAUUACACAAAUUAUGACCCUGGGUGGAGGCCGCGGGGCAAUCUCAAGGACUCGCUUCUUGGCGGCUCAGGGUUCAGUCAGGGCAUGGGACGCCCUGGUAGCCCGGGGCCAAAAGGGGAGAAAGGUGAUGGAGGGCCUCACGGACCAAGGGGUGAGAGAGGUGUGCCUGGAAACAAAGGGGACCGCGGGGAGGCCGGCACGAGAGGGCAGAAGGGCGAUAAGGGUCAUCAAGGAAGCAUUGGUUACCAAGGGUUCAAAGGUGAGCGAGGUGAGCCUGGAAUUGAUGGAAUGCCAGGCAUGCCAGGAGAAAAUGGCCUGCCUGGCGGAAAGGGAGAUAAGGGAGACAUGGGCCCAAUGGGACCUCCUGGCCCUCCAGCUAUAAACGCAGCCAGUCUCAUUGCGGGAGACAACUUGCUCAGCACCGAGAAAGGGGAUAAAGGAGACAAAGGGGAUUCAGGCUAUCCUGGAGUUGAUGGCAAGGAUGGUUAUCCUGGGGCGAAAGGUGAGCCUGGAGAACUGGUUUCAAUUGACGGCAAGUCUUUGAAGGGAGAUAGAGGUGAAAGAGGAAAGAGAGGAAAACGUGGAGAGCCUGGACCACCUGGGCCUCCUGGCCCCCCAGGACCAGUAGGACCGCGAGGGGACUUUGGUCUUCCAGGAUGGGGUGUGAAAGGAGAUAAAGGUGAUUCUGGUUCAAAGGGGGAGCCUGGUGAAGGCGAAGGUUUGCUACCGAAGGGGCUACAUUAUGUGCCAGUUCCUGGACCACCAGGGCCUCCUGGCCCACCUGGUCCUCCAGGAAUAUCAAUCCAGGGCGAAAAAGGAGAUGCUGGACCACCUGGAGAACCAGGUUUCCACUCAUACAGGCCUCCUAGUCCUGUCUACGGAGAUCCUACCCUCACUGGGAAACAUGGCAGUGCAAGAGGAAGUCUUGAGGAGCUCCGAUACAUUAAACAAAUGAAGGACAUGAAAGAUGGACUUGCUCCUAUGAUUCAUCAUUCUGGUCAUCAACACCACCACGAGGCGCCACCCCCACCGCCUCAAGUCAAGAUUGUUCCCGGGGCAGUCACAUUCCAAAAUGCAGAGACCAUGAUCAAAAUGUCCUCUGCUUCACCUGUGGGCACAAUCACUUUCCUUCUCGACGAGGAGGCUCUUCUAGUCAGGGUCAAAAGUGGCUGGCAGUAUAUAGCUCUUGGGAAUUUGGUGUCUGUUGACGCUACUGUACCGCCAGAGGUCAUGACCACCACUGAGCCUACGAUUGUGCCACCAUUUAAGCCUCAGUUGAAGGUUUCCAACCAACUCAAAACUGUUGACGGCCCUCAUUGGACUCCUAGGAUGUUGAGAAUAGCAGCCCUGAAUGAGCCAACUUCAGGAAACAUGCAUGGUGUCAGAGGCGCCGAUUACAAUUGCUACAGGCAGGCACGGAGGGCAAACCUCCGAGGUACCUUCAGGGCAUUUUUGGCCUCUAGGGUCCAGGAUUUGGACUCCAUUGUGCGCUCCUCGGACAGGGAUUUGCCAGUCCUAAAUAUCAAGGGAGAUGUCUUGUUCAACUCUUGGAAUGAGCUGUUUAACGGCGACGGUGCCCUCUUCCUCGGCCAGUCCAGAAUUUACAGCUUCAGUGGCAGGAAUAUCCUUACAGAUCAGACCUGGCCGCUGAAAGCCAUCUGGCAUGGGUCGCAACUGCUGGGCGAGCGGGCGGUGGACACAUACUGCGAGGCGUGGCACUCAGAGUCGAUGGACAAGCUUGGCCUGGGCUCGUCACUGCUCAAAGGUCGGCUGCUGGGCCAGGAGCGGUUCACUUGCGACCAGAAGCUGAUUGUGUUGUGCGUGGAGGCUACCAGCAUAGCUCGCAGCAGACGCAGCAUUCCCGAGGACAAGAUUCUCAGCGAGUCGGAUUACAAUGCGCUCAUCAGUGGCGUCAACUGAAUUGUUCUCUCUGCUCUAUCUCUAUAUCUGUAUCGCGUUCAUCCGUCCUCGCUGAAAACUAAUUUAUUAUAUAUCAUUCAGACACGCGCGCAAAAACCAUCAUUCACAUUCUCCUCAGCUUGUAAUUAAAUGUAAUACUCAUCUGGUCACGACUUCUCAAGCUCUCUACUCUUAUGUUAAUAUUAAAAUGCGUGCAAUAAUAUUUAAAACCAACUCUUUGCAACUAUAUUGAGUGCUUUUGAGUUACCAACAGCAAAAUUCAAUAAUUAUUGCAUAUGCCCUCAUGGUUUGAUCAAAUGUUAAUUGUCCUAGUGUUCAUAUGAUAACGUGUAGUACUUUGUAAUUUUUACUGACACCAUUCUAUUUAUUAAAUCCUUUUUUAGCAUUCAGCUCAUUUCCUUAUCACUGUAUUAAUCAUUGUUUUCACCGUUUUCACAUUCCAAACUUACUGCUUUGAUGCAGUAAAAUAAGUGCAUGUGUGUAUGUUAACUGAUUCAAGUUAUAAAAUUUGGAAAAAUGAUGACAAGUUUUGUAAGAUUGAGGCUUUAUUCUGUUCAAUUACCAGAUAUGAAUUUUAUAUAAUCAAUGUAACAAAUUAACAUCUAAGUUAGCAAACUAAUUAAAGCAGUGCUGUCUGGACUAUUGAUAAUUUGUGUAAUUUGUGAUUGUCGAAACGUAUAUAGGAACAAUGCCAAUUUUUGCAUUGACUCAUUUGAUGUAUGCUUGUGAAAUUAACAAAAUAAUACAAUAUAAAUAUAAAAAUGCUAUUGAAGAUUUUUCUGUCCGUCAGGCAUAAGGUAGAUAAUUCCCUCGUCUGUAACUUUUAACUUACUAUGUAUAAUGGUAUUGAAAGUUAAAUCAUGUAAGAACAAAAAAUGGAAAGAAAUGAUAAAAUUAUGUAUCAAUUGAUAUCACAACAGGUACCGCGCAGGCUAUAAUAAAAUUAUGUUGUGUAUACUGAAAACCUCAAAACUAGCUGUAAAUUUAUGUGUAAAUAAUAAAAAUGUUGUAAACAUAA